UGGCGGUGGGCGGUGCGAGCUGAUCGAGUUGCUUGCUUGCUACGUGCGGAGCCGUUAGUUCAUGGCUGCGACGGGCCCGGGGGCUGAGGUGCGGGGGACGGCGCGGCAGGAGCCUGGACGGGCGCCGGGCAAGGGUGAUCCUCAAUAGGACCUACUAGAGACUACAGAAAAAAACCUAGGCAGAAUAAAAAAAAAAACGGUGAAAUAGGUUGUUCUAAGGAAGUAAGAUGGAUCCCUGUUCAGUUGGAGUUCAGCUUCGUGCUACCAAUGAAUGUCAUAAGACAUACUAUACUCGACAUACUGGCUUCAAGACUUUGCAAGAAUUGUCAUCAAAUGAUGCGCUUUUACUUCAGCUUAGAACCGGAAUGACCCUCUCUGGAAACAAUACUAUUUGCUUCCAUCAUGCAAAAAUUUACAUUGAUCGAUUUGAGGACUUGCAAAAGUCUUGUUGUGAUCCUUUUAACAUACACAAAAAGCUCGCAAAGAAAAAUUUGCAUGCGAUUGACUUAGAUGAUGCCACUUUCCUAAGUGCCAAGUUUGGAAGACAGCUUGUACCUGGUUGGAAGCUUUGUCCAAAGUGCACACAGAUAAUCAAUGGAAGUGUGGAUGUUGAAUCUGAAGAUCGCCAAAAAAGGAAAGCUGAUUCAGACGGAAGGACUGCUAAAGCCUUGCGGUCCUUGCAGUUUGCAAAUCCGGGAAAGCAAACUGAAUUUACUCCAGAAACUGGUAAGAGAGAAAAAAGAAGGCAGACUAAGGCAUCCAAUUCAGACAGGCAAGUUAUACCACCAAAGAGCAAAGUCUAUGAUAGCCAGGGCCUCCUGAUAUUAAGUGGGAUGGAUCUCUGUGACUGCCUUGAUGAAGAUUGCCUGGGGUGCUUCUACGCGUGUCCCAAUUGUGGUUCUAACAAGUGUGGAGCCGAAUGCCGCUGUGACAGAAAGUGGCUUUAUGAGCAGAUUGAAAUAGAAGGAGGGGAGAUUAUUCAUAAUAAGCAUGCUGGUUGAAUGAGCUGCUCUAUUUCCUUGUAGCUCUAAAAUUCUACUGUGUAUUCAGAAUUCAAGCAUGAUAAACCAGUGACAAAAGAUUUGAAAAAUGUUAUAUUACGUGAAUGUUUUGUGCUAGGUGUUUUAGAAUUCAUUGUUUUGUGUACAUUUUAGCUGGACUUAAAAAAAAACAGCUUUAGUUUAUUGUGGAUAAAUAAGCAAGCUGAGUAGUUGGGAAUAGUGCUUUCCUGUACAAGGAGAAUUGAUCUUUGUAGAACUGUUAAAACCAUUCUGGUUACUAAUGAGGUAAUAAAUGGGGGCAAAAUCUUCAAAGCGCUUUAUCAGAUUACAUUCCCUUUGAGUAAAGAAACAAAUAAUGAAAAUUCAGUUUUUUUGAGACUAUCCUAAGCAUUCUUACUCCUUUUCUACCCAGCUUUCUGUCAAAUUAGAGAUUCUUAAUACCUUUAAAUUUAAAUUGUAGCCCAAUAAGUUCUAAACAAAUGUAGCUUCACUUAAUUUAGCACUUGGCCUGGCUUUCUAAAUUGAAUUAAUACUCUGUUGCGAUGUAGAUUCAACUCUUUAUACCACCUCUUCUUCCCCCAAAAACAUUGUUUUCAAGUGGAAGCCAAAUAAGCCUCUUCAUCAGAUAGAAUCCAGGUUUCCUAUCCUAUCAAGAAAUAUGCUUAACUGACAUUAAGAUUGUGUUCCUGUAAUCCCUUCAGUAAGUUACAGCAGUACACUCCUUAGAUUUUUUUAAGAAGAGGUAUAUUUCUCAUGGUAGAAUAGUGUAUAUGAAAUCUCAAGUUCAUAAAUUGCCUUUAAAAUUAGAGUUGUAUUUCAGAUAUUAAAUACAAAUUUCAAAUGGUGGCUCAAAGUCUUUUUAACACAUUUAUUUGGGAAAUUACCUAUAGAAAACUCACUUUUUCAGCUUGCAGAUUUAGCUUUGAAGAGUCUGCCUUCAAAAAGACUCAGUCAUUUUAAAGAGUUCAGUAAGAAAUGUAAAUCCUGCUAGUUUCUUGAAUGGUAAUUUGCAAGGCUGUUGAGGUUUGGUACAUUGCUAAACAAUGAAUCCACAAGUUUAUUUCCUAUUCCUUGUUUGAAGUGAGAGUACAAUGGAACCUUCAGGUCCUUGUUACGUUGUUGCUAGACUUUUCAGGGGACCUGAGUGUUAAUAAAGUAAAUGCUAAAACUGUGUAAAUGCUAAUUUCCGUUCUGUAUGGAUUGUGAUAGAGAAGUCAGUGUUAACAUGCUAAAAAGUUGAAUUGAAAUUAGAAAUGUUAAGUAUCCAGAUUUUGUGUUUUCAGGUAUAUAUAUAUAUCUAUAGAUGUUGCUAGUUCAGUUGUACUUUUGCAUAAUUGGUUAAGUUGAAGGGUUUUUGGUGGGGGGUUUUUUGUAGUUUUAUUUGACUUUCUACAGAUGUAGUGUCUGUUAAUUAAUAGCUGUGCUUCUGCAAUGAAUAUCAUACUGGUAGAAUCUAGUGUUAGAGAAUCUAGUUGUAAUCUCCAAGUCCUUGAUGAGACUUUACAUAUUAGGGCCCCAGAGCCCAUACUAAUUUUGCUCUCUUGGUGUGGGCAUGGUCAGUUUUGUUGGAAAAAUCCUUUUUAGCAAUUGUCUUUACUUCUUUAUUAUUCUACUGAGCAUCGUGUUUAUAUAAGUAAUAUAGGUACUAUUCGCAUAGGUAUUGUACCUUGUCAGAAGUAUAUUAAACAUUAAAAUAUCUUAAUGCUAUAUGCUUAUAUACUUCAGGAGGAAGGUGUUGAGUUCUUCCUAAUUGAAGGCUUCAGAAGACUUAUCAGUUCAUUGUGGAGACAAAGUGAUAAGAGCUAUAGUAAUACACAGAGAAGGGAAUUGUUUUGGAGGUUAAAGCUAUUGUAGCAGGAAGAUCUAAUUCAAAAUUGAUUUACAGUUUGAUAUCUAAUUGUCAUCAUUAUCUCAUUCGUGUGGGUAACUGUCCAUCCCUAUAUAGAUUCUACUCAUUCUAUCUUGUGCAGUUCUUUUUGUCUAUCUUCUACAUAGUAUCUAAGCUGUGCACCCUUAACACGAAAAGAAUGAAUACCGUGAUAGCAGUAUUUACUUUGUCACCCCUACUUUUAGAUAUGUAAAACAUUUUCUUCAACCCAACACAGGGCCCUUGUCCCUUCGUAGCUAUUUUUCUUUACAAACAUUUUUUCUUUAUAUAAAGAUAAAGUAGCAGUGUUCCAGCUUAGUUAAUUUUGGCCAUAGCAUAAAAUUCUGCCUUUGUCCAAAUUUUCAAGGUUUUGAAUAUAAAUUUACCAACUGGAAAGUCAGAAUACCACUGUGUGAAUGGUUACUUGAUCAAUUCAGUUUUUCCCUUUAUAGUUACUUUGGUAAAGACAUUUUGUUCUGUUGUGAAGUUUGUGUGUGAUUUAUUUGAUUUUUGCUGACAGCUACUGGAAUUAUAAGAAAAUAAACCAAACUUCUCAUCCA